AUGGAUGAACACAUGAUUGUAGGUUUUGAAGGUAGAGUAAGGUAGAACAGAGUAGGGUAAACGUAGGGCAGCGCGAAAUAGGGUAUGGUGUAGCAGAGUAGAGGAAAAUAGGGUAGAAUUGAGUUAGAUAGGAUAGGGAAUACAAAUAUUAUGCAAAGUUGAUAUCUCUAGUACGUCGACCGCUACAAGCUAGGGGCAUGCUUAGUACCAAAAUGUAUGUCAACUAUUAUUACUGGAGUCCUAUGUUAUUUGAACGAUGACGUUGCUUUUACAAAAGCCAACAGAAAUAUUACUACUGAGUCAUAUGUGGAUAGGUAAGGUAGACUUUUCAUUGCACUUUACAAGUCUUCGCACUUAGUCUUAAGCUUACGCUUAAAGGCUUAAGCUGCUGUUCUUGCCUAAUUGAGAUUCUUAGCAUUGUUUUACAAAACAUUUUAUGAUAAUUGUUUUCAGAUUUUGUGGUGAUGAAAUUGACAGCAGAGACGUAGUACAAUGGUCAAUGGAUCACAAUAGUAACAAUGAGUAUACUGUUCUUACAUUUGUUCGCGACCCUAUCGAAAGAUUCUUGUCCGCGUUUGUCGAUAAAUGUGACGUGUAAGAGUUUAACAUGGAGUUUUAAAGUAGUUGUACUACCCUGCCCUACCUUACCCAACCCUAUAGAUUAUUUUAGUGAACAAAGCCACCCAGAAGUAUGGCGUCGUUUGGAUUGCUAUGGUUGCGUACGGGACGUAGACUGCUUUAUUCGUGAACUUGAGAGAAGACUAUGGCUGAAUGUGGACGGAAGAAAACAUCAUUUGACCGUGAUGGACGUUCAUGUUGUUCCACAGACAUGGUACGAUUUUUUUAAAACUUACCCUAUCCUGUAUUACGCUACCCUGCUUUUUUAUUCUACCUUUAUCCCUAAUUUCCUAUCAAAAUUAAAAAAUUUUUUUCAGGCAUUGCAGUAUGGAGCGAUAUCUCUCAACAUACAGAGUUUUUCGUCAAGUCUCCACCAAAUCGCCCGAAUACAAGGUCUUCCUCGACGAAUUCAGAUUCAUCCUAGAGGAACGUCAAGUACCGGAGAAGCAGAUAGCCUAUGUUAUGAAUGAACUCAAUCAAGGCCAUACUCACCACACCACUUCGAAUUCGGUCCUCAGAAAGAAGUAUUUGGAAGAAAUUCAGUCGAAACCAGACCUCAUGAAAAUACUAAUUGAACUUUACUACUAUGAUUAUAUUACUUUUGGACUUCCGAUGCCACAAAUUUAG